UGCAUAAUCUUCUGCGUUGGCGGUGUAGGAGCGGUUCAGGAUAGUGGUACAUUGCUGUGCUGUCUGCCUCCCAGACUAAUUUGCAAAAACUAUUUACUCCAGGUAAAGGCUGUUCACCCACUGCACCUGUACACAACACUGAGCAGAUCAAAAGUGUUUCCCAGUGACGGCCUGUUCCUAGGUUGUGGCGAUGGGGGACAGCGAUGACGAAUUCGACCGCCGACGACGGGACAAAUUCCGUCGGGAACGGAGUGACUACGAUCGCUCGAGAGAGAGAGAGGACAGGCGCAGGGAUGACUGGAGCGACAGGGAAUGGGAGAGGGGCCGUGAGCGUCGCAGCCGUGCGGAGUACAGGGACUAUGAGAGGGGCCGCAGGGAGCGGUUCUCCCCCCCCAGGCAUGAUAUGAGUCCCCAGCAGAAACGCAUGAGGAGGGACUGGGAUGAGCACCGGGGAGAUCCCUACCACGGGGGGUACGACAUGCCAUACGGAGGAGGGGGCGUCCCCAACUAUGCCCCUCCGGCUGCCCCUGCCCCACAGCCCUGGGGCCACCCUGACAUGCACCUGAUGCAGCAGCAUCACUCCAUCCCUAUUCAGGCCAGACUGGGAAACAUCCACGAUGUUGACAUGGCCCCGCCGGCCCCGGUGAUGAAGACCUUCAAGGAGUUCCUCCUCUCCUUGGACGACUCGGUGGACGAGACGGAGGCCGUCAAGCGCUACAACGAGUACAAGAUCGACUUCCGCCGGCAGCAGAUGCAGGAUUUCUUCUUGGCCCACAAGGACGAAGAGUGGUUCCGGUCCAAAUACCAUCCAGAUGAGGCAGGCAGGAGGAAGGCAGAAGCCCAUGCUGGCCUGCGGAACCGGCUCGGUGUCUUCAUGUAUCUUCUGGAGAACGGCUGGUUUGACGGCAUCUCUUUGGAUAUCGAACGAGCGCCCGCCAUUGUCAAAGUCCUUGAUGCUGCUGUGAUAAAAAUGGAGGGGGGGACAGACCAUGACUUGAAGAUCCUGGAACAGCCCAUGGAGGAAGAGGAGAGACCAGUGCCCCCGGUGGCAGUUCCCGACCCUCUAAAGAGGGAGGAGCCCAGAGGGAGUGUUACAGACCACAAGUCACCAGCAAGCAAGGAGAGCAAAGACAAGGGAGAAAAUGGAAUGAGCAGCACAGAGAAGCAGAAUGGUGGAGCAGCUGGAGAUGGAGGCCAAGAGGAAGCAGAGAAGACGAUCGAGUCGGAACCAAAGAAGCUGAGCAAGAAGAGGAAGAGGAAGCUGAGUGCAGACAGCGAGGAUGAAGCCAGCGCCUCCGACGACAGCGACUCAGACUCCAACUCCCACACCUCCGAGAAGCCUGCUGCCAGGGAGGAGGACGAGGAAGAUGAGGAGGAGGAAGGAGAAGCAGACGUGGAGAAGAAGGAGAAGAAGGAGAGGAAGAGCAAAGAGGAGCAGCCGCCUCAGCCCCGGCCGCUGCACCGUACCUGCUCCCUGUUCAUGCGUAGCAUCACUCCCACCAUCUCCAAGGCAGAGAUAAUCUCUCUCUGCAGACGGUACCCAGGAUUCAUGCGGGUGGCCCUGUCCGACCCCCAGCCGGAGCGCCGGUUCUUCCGUCGUUGCUGGGUGACUUUUGACCGGAGCGUAAAUAUUAAGGAAAUCUGCUGGAACCUUCAAAACAUUCGGCUGCGAGACUGCGAACUGGCGCCGGUGGUGAACAGAGACCUCGCCCGCAGGGUGCGUAACGUCAACGGCAUGACUCAACACCGGCAGGUGCUGCGGAAUGACAUCAAGCUGUCGGCCAAGCUGAUCCAUGUGCUGGAUGAGAGGGAGAGGCUGUGGAACUCUCGGCCAAGAGGCGACGCCCAGGUGCCACAGGAGCUUCCUGCCCAGAACCCCAUCCUGAAGAACAUCACAGAUUACCUGAUCGAGGAGGUCAAUGCAGAGGAGGAGGAGCUGCUGGGCAGCACAGGCACGGAGCCCGAGGAGGCAGUGAAGGACGGGAACCCCGCGGAGAUCACCGUGGAGAGGGACGAGAAGCUGGUGAAGGUGCUGGAUCGCCUGCUGCUGUACCUGCGCCUGGUCCACUCCAUCGACUACUAUAAUGCCUGCGAAUACCCCAGCGAGGACGAGAUGCCCAACCGCUGUGGCCUGGUCCACGUGCGCGGGCCUGUCCCACCCAAUCGCAUCGCACAGGGGGAAGUGCUAGAGUGGCAGAGGACCUUCGAGGAGAAGCUGGGCCCCUUGUUCAGCGUGAGGGAGACCCUGUCCGAGGAGGAGGCCAACAAAAUGGGCCGCAAGAGUCCCGAGCAGGAAGUGGAGAAGUUCUUGGUGGCCAACACCCAAGAGCUGGGCAAGGACAAGUGGCUCUGUCCCCUCAGCGGCAAGAAGUUCAAGGGUCCCGAGUUCGUGCGUAAGCACAUAAUGAACAAGCAUGCCGACAAGAUAGAAGAAGUGAAGAAGGAGGUGGUGUUCUUCAACAACUUCCUCAUGGACGCCAAGAGGCCGGCCAUACCCGAGGUCAAAGUCCCGCCCCCGCCUAGCCCAGGGCAAGGUGUUCUUGGCCCAGGGUUGCCAUACCCUCAUCAGUCUCCCCAGGGCAUGCUGGGAUUUGGGCAGCCCCGGCCCCCUGUAAUGGGUUUUGGAGCUGGGCCCCCGUACCCCCCCAACCAGUUUGGAGGAGGAGGGAGGGGUAACUAUGACAACUUCCGCGGGCAGGGCGGCUACAUGGGCAAACCUCGCAACAGCCCCAGCCAAUCAAGAAGACCGAAUACCUGGCGUGGGUGUGCUGAGAACAGAGAGAACAAAAAUGUGGACCGUCUGGAGGUCCUCGAGGACCGGGUUGAGAAACGUUGACCUAGAAGCCCAACCUUGAUUAUCCCAAGUUGCGUUUGUGCAGGUGAAGCUUCAGACGUGGCGCUCAUGACAUUUAGGCACCUGCUUUAGUUCCCUGGAGUCCCACAAGUUUUUAAAUUUGCCGGAACCGCAGCAGCACACUUUCUGUUUAUGCAGUCAACGGCGCAGUUAGAUAAGUAAUCCUGUUGCCCAGAGCAGUGAGUCUGGUUCUCCCAGUUCGCGUGUUCCUUUUGACACCUUGUGAAUGAGGUCUUCCUAUUC